CAAGGGAAGGUAUAUGUUGCAUAGAGAUGCAACAUGAAAUGAUGUGUGGAGAUGGGGAUUCAUCCUAUUUCACUCUGAAUGCAUGAUGAGACACAGGAUGUUUCCUGCAGCCUUACCAGAGGAGCCGAGUCUUAUGCCUUUGUUGUUGUGGAAACUCAUCCUCGACAGUAUUACCAUAGUCUUAAGGAUCAUCUGUAUUCGUCGAUGCAUGGAGACAGGUAGCUUGAGCUUCCAAGAAUCUAACAAAGCUUUUCAGUUUUCGUUAUCAGUAAUAGUCUCCAUGCUUGUAUUGCAAGAGUUGAGCAAAUCUCAUGAUAGUGUUCCACAACAAGUAGGAGUUAACAUGCAUACCGAAAGCGAAGUGGAAAUCCAUGUCAAUAGCUAGACCAACGUUGUCAUUUCAGCCUGAUGCUACAGUGGCCAAUGGAAGCUGUAGUGAUGCACAGUACUUUUCUUAAAUGCACCGGCUUCCGUGAAAGUUUC